GAUUGAAGACGUCAAUGAUCAGACUUUCACAUUUGCCACGAGAGGGAGAGAGAAGAUGCUCAUCUGUGUGAAGGACUCGAGCGGAGCUGCACUCAUGAUCGCGCGCAGUGCACAGAUGAGGCAGGCAACAUCACGCACGAGCGACGAUGACACACAUCUCUCAACUCUUACAAGUCGACAAGAACAAGACUGCUAGAAAAACGUUACAACAAGAGAAACCCAACAGAAAUCACUAGAGCUCACUCGCUCCUCUCAUUUUCCUGCCAUGGAGGACGCAAACAUCUCUCACGUGGCAGCCGUGUACGUGAACCCUCACAGUCAAGUGCCCGUUCUUGACGUCCAUGACACUUACAUGGACUUCUACGACAUGGACUAUGGCGUUCCUGCAGAUGAGAUGCCAGACACCACGCAGGGACUGGCCUACUUCGUGGCCACCAUUGUCAUCGGAGCGGUCCUGGUCUGUAUCAUGUUGGUGUGCGGCUUCGGCAACUUUGUGUUUAUAGCCACUCUGGCCCGAUACAAAAAACUCAGGAACCUCACCAACCUGCUGAUCGCUAACCUGGCCAUCUCCGACUUCAUUGUGGCCGUGGUCUGCUGCCCUUUCUUAGUGGAUUACUACGUAGUCAAACAGCUCUCCUGGGACCACGGGAAAGUGUUGUGUGCCUCUGUCAACUACCUCAGGACUGUGUCUCUGUAUGUGUCUACCAAUGCCUUACUGGCCAUCGCUGUUGACAGGUAUAUGGCUAUUGUUCAUCCCUUGAGGCCCAGAAUGAAGCACCAGACUGCAUACUGUCUCAUAACCGGGGUGUGGAUCGUCCCAGUGCUCAUUUCCAUACCUUCUGCGUACUUCGCGUCUGCGACCAAAGUCCCCAACGGGGCCAACCGCAGCAAAACCUUCUGCGCCCAGAUUUGGACGGUAGACCAGCAGCUAUACUACCGCUCAUAUUUCUUGUUCAUCUUCGCCGUGGAGUUCGUCGGGCCGGUGAUCACCAUGGCCCUGUGCUACCUGCGCAUCUCCCGUGAACUCUGGUUCAAAAGCGUGCCGGGUUUCCAAACGGAGCAGAUCCGCAAACGCCUGCGCUGCCGGAGAAAGACGGUCAUGGUGCUCAUCGGCAUUCUCACGGCGUACAUCCUCUGCUGGGCUCCGUACUACGGCUACACCAUCCUGCGCGAUUUCCACCCGACGCUCAUCUCCCGAGAGCGGAACUCCCUGGUGGCUUUCUACAUCAUCGAGUGCAUCGCCAUGAGCAACAGUAUGAUCAACACCUUCUGCUUUGUCAGCGUAAAGAACAACACUGUGAAGUAUUUCAAAAGGAUCGUUCUUCUGCGCUGGAAAUCCACCUACACCUCCAGGAAGACCGUAGAGGAGACAGACGUGAACCCCAACCUCACCGAAUGUAAGAAGGGAGCCGAACUGAGUGGUUUUCACGUCACUCAUAUUACAGAUGAUUAAAGGGUCCUGAUUAUACUGGCAUUGUUCUGCAGAUGAAAGUCUUGUGACUGAUGUUAUGUUCUAGUGGUUUUAGUAAAAAGAGUUCAGAUGUGCCAUUUUCAUUCUUUGUACGUAUAACCAAUCAUUUCAGUUUUUUGCACAAAUUUAGUUUAUGAGUAAAUUAACUGCUCAGUCCAUAAAGCAUUCUGAAUGACUUAAAGGAUUAGUUCACUUUCAAAUGAAAAUUACCUCAAGCUUUACUCACCCUCAAGCCAUCCUAGGUGAUUAUGACUUUCUUCUGAUGAACACAAUCUGAGUUAUGUUAAUAAAUAUCCUGACGCAUCUAAGCUUUAUAAUGGCAGUGAACGGGAUCAAUGAGUAUGAGCUGAAGAAAGUGCAUCCAUCCAAAGCAAAACGUACUCUACACAGCUUCUGAAGCGAAGUGAUUCGUUUGUCUAGAAGUAAAAUAUCUAGCUUUUGCCAGAACGCCUUCCAUAUUCAACAUACAAAAAAAACGUAACUUGUCACGUCAGUUAAGCUUUUUCCGUAAGUUGAAUAGGACGGUAGCGUAAGCCUUUUAAACUGCAAGAGUUUUACACUUGCUUUGCAAGUUGAAUAUGGAAGGCUGUCUGGUGGAAGCUACAUAUUUUACUUCAUAACUUGUUAAAUAUGGAUAUUUUUCUUAC